AUGUCUUCACGCAUAAAUGACACAGUCCUCGCAGCGACCUCCCAAAUUCCUCGCCUAUUGCUGCCCUUGGUGCGCAUACCACCCGUGUCUAAUCACUUACCUGUCACUGACCUAUCCAAUUGUCUACUUCAGUCCAUUCUCGUCGUGAGCUUCGCAGCGUACCAGGUUCUAUUUCACCCCCUGAGGAAUUUCCCAGGGCCGUUGGCGGCCAAGCUCACAAGCGGCUAUGGGGCUGCGCAUGUCUGGCGGCGACGUCUUCACUUGGCAUCGCUUGAGCUUCACAAAAAAUACGACAUCUACAAUAACCCAAGAGUAACCAAGGGCGAGGCGUAUAUCCAACUACGGCAAAGUGGCCGCGGGACCCCCAACCUGCUCAACACUAUCGACAAGGAGGAGCAUCGCAAGAAGCGGCGUAUCAUUGCCCCGGUCGUCUCGGAGAGCUCCAUGCGUGUCUUCGAGCCUCAAAUGCAGCUGCAGAUCGAUUCGUUUCUCGCCCAGCUAUUAGAAUCCAGUCGCCGCAAGGAGAUAGUCAACAUGACACCGCGGUGUGAGCGCCUGGGAGUGGACGUUGUAGGCGAGCUUGCAUUUGGGUAUCAGCUCAACACCCAGACCGAUCCCACCCACCGCGUCAUCAUACAAGGCCUCAAGACCCGCAGCGACCGCAGCACCCUGUAUUUCUUCUGGUCUAAACUUCGAUUUCUCGAACAAAUUUUCAACUUGGGCAGUGGCAGACAUAGCCUCAUUGGCUUCUACCGCUCGAUCAUGACCAUGAUCAAGGCGCGCAUGUCCUUGCCAAAAGAUGCAAAGCAUGACUUUUACUCACUCGCAUCUGGGAAUCUCAGUUCUGGUGAACAGGGGCUUAUCAGUAAGGACCUUUGGGCUGAGGCCGUCUUCUUCAUUGCUGCAGCCAUGAGCGGCAUUUUUUUCUACCUCUCCCGGAAUCCCAAUGCUUACGCUCGACUGGCCUCCGAGAUCAGGACCAAAUUCGCUUCAGGCAAUGAGAUCCGGCAGGGCUCAAAUCUUAGCGGCUGUGCGUACUUGCGUGCCGUCAUCGACGAGACGAUGCGCAUGUCGCCGUCGACUCUCGCCCCGGCCUGGCGCGAACAGGAGCGAACCUCAGCCGCCGCGGGCGAGCCCUUCAUCGUCGAUGGAUACGUCAUCCCGCCUGGCACGCAGGUCGCCGUGAGCCAAUUCACCGUACAACAUAAUGAAGAAUACUUCCCCGAUCCUUUCGAUUUCAGACCGGAGCGCUGGCUGGCUCCUGAAUCUGGGGACACCCAAGGUUCUCCCGAGACAGCCGAGCAGCGAGAUGCGCGUGCAACGAUGAGGCGCGCUUUUGUGCCAUUCUCAACUGGCGACCGCUCUUGUGCCGGCAAGUCGAUGGCUUACCUUGAGAUGAGGCUAGCAAUUGCCAAGACUCUCUGGUACUUCGAUUUCGAGAGGGCGCCUGGCGAAGCUGGUGAGCUGGGCGGGGGGCGGCCAGGCCGGAUGGAUGGCCGUGGUAGGCGAGAGGAGUUUCAAUUGUAUGAUAGCAUUGCAGUGGAUCACAAAGGUCCCAAUCUGAUAUUUUCAUUGCGUGGUGAUUAUUGGAAUGAGUUGGAUCUCAACAAGAAUACAUGA